AUGCUUAACCGAGCGCGAUGGUUGAUGAUAGCUAUAUCAGCGGUAUUGACGCUGCAGUCAAGAGGAGAAGGUGGCAUACGUCUGCCUGACCAGCCGCCCAAAGAGGAAACUGAAGGGAGAUCUUUGAAUUUUGUCAAUGAUGGAGACAGGGGCAGAUCGCCCCAAGCUCAAGGUCGUGGUCUUUUAGACUGGAUAGGUCUAGGAGAAGACCAGGAUCCUUAUAUCCAGCAAGCAACCCAACAAUGCAUCAGUGGAGAUCUGGCAGAUUGUUUUAAAGCACAAGCCCUGAGAUCCUUCGACGACUUCUUUGAUAAACAGGCCUACGAACUAUCAGAGAAUGCGAUUUUAAGAAAAGUGGAUUCUCAAGCAAGAGCAUUAGCUCAUGAACCACCACAACUUGGUUCACAGCCUCGUAGUGACGAUUCUGACUGGGAUGGGCUCGUGAAAUAUGGAUUACGAAAGAUUGAGAGAUUCUUACGAUCAACUGCAAUGGAACUGCAAUUAGAUGAUGAUGUGACUUCCAAUGGCGUAAUAGCGCCAAGAUUCCUCGACGACAUAGCUGAUGAAGUUGACAUAAUCGAGGAUAAAAAGGCUCCACCAUUCCGUCGCCACAAACUCAAGAAGCUCAUCAUUCCUAUGUUGUUGAUACUUAAAUUGUUCAAACUCAAGCUUCUAUUGUUCCUGCCACUUAUUCUCGGACUCGCUAGCUUCAAAAAAUUCUUAGGAUUCAUGGCUCUUAUCGUUCCAGGUGUAAUUGGUUACUUCAAGUUCUGCAAACCAAAUUUAUCAUCCCCGUUCUCAUCAAACCACUACAACGGACCUCAGUAUUCACCAGCCGGCAUCGGUUUAAGUCCUUAUAGAGAAACACACGGACCCGCACAAUAUGGGUCACAUUACGAUGGUUAUGCGGGUUCGCAUUAUAAUAAAUACGGUUCAAAUGGAGUAGCCUUCAGAGAACAUGACGUCACUCCCCAAGAUCUAGCAUACCAAGGAUGGGAGUAUAGAAACAAGAAUGGCGCUGACAUCAAAGCUGAAGAGGCCUAA